CAACAAGCUUAUUGUUUGUAUGAGAGAAGCAAUGCAUAUAACACACAUGGGCUGAUAUGUAGGCACCAAAGUUCUUUUCCUGCAUUUUUUUCAUGGUUUUGCAAUUUUUUUUUUUUUUUUUUUUUUUUUUUGCACAAUGAAAACCAUUGUGCCUUCACAAGUUCAAAACUAGAAACAGUUUCUCAGCAUGCGAAGGCAAGGCCGCAUACAUUUGAUCCUCACCAGACCCUACAAUAGCUGGAACCACAGGGCUACCCUCCCUCUUUUUUUGUGAUAUUUUUUUUUUUUCCAACUAGAUUUGGUUAUAUGUUAAUUUCAUAUACAAUGUUUGCUUACAUUGAGCUCAGUUGUUUACUACUACAACCUUUUAGAGAACAUAAUUGAUUCUUUUAUGCCUAGACUGAAUAUCAGGGACCUGAAAGAUGGUGUUUGGAAAGGGUGGUUCUAGCUCAAGGAGCACGAAAACCAUUGAUGGUUCCAAUAGAAGAUUCUCCGCGCUCAUCGUGGAUGAUGACCCAAUCAUUCGAAGAAUACACACUGCGCUUUUAAAUAAACAUGGAUUCGAAACUCAACUUGCAGAAAAUGGAAGAGAAGCUCUUGAUCUAUUUCGCGCCGGGGCAUCCUUUGAUCUAGUCCUCAUGGACAGGGAUAUGCCAGUCAUGGAUGGACCUCAGGCAACAAGGGAGUUGAGGGCCAUGGGUGUCACUAGCAUGAUUGUGGGAGUAACUACGCGCGCUCGAGACUCUGAAAAGCAAGCAUUUCUUGGAGCUGGUUUGAAUGAAUUGCAUGAAAAGCCAUUGAAUGCUGCUAAGGUUAACACCCUCUUGCAUGAGCUCAGCAGAAACUAUUAGUUUGGAGAAGUCAAAACAGAGAAACAAACCAUCCAUUAUGUGAUACUACAAGUCAUGACCAUUGUACUUCAUGUUCGUAAU